AUGGAGUUCCGCCAGGAGGAGUUUCGGAAGCUAGCGGGUCGCGCCCUUGGGAAGCUACACCGUCUUCUGGAGAAGCGGCAAGAAGGUGCCGAGACUCUGGAGCUGAGUGCAGAUGGGCGCCCGGUCACGACGCAGACCCGGGACCCGCCGGUCGUGGAUUGCACCUGCUUUGGCCUCCCUCGCCGCUACAUUAUCGCCAUCAUGAGCGGUCUGGGCUUCUGCAUUAGCUUUGGCAUCCGCUGCAACCUGGGCGUGGCCAUCGUCUCCAUGGUCAACAACAGCACGACCCACCGCGGGGGCCACGUGGUGAUGCAGAAAGCUCAGUUCAACUGGGAUCCAGAGACUGUUGGCCUCAUACACGGCUCCUUUUUCUGGGGCUACAUUGUCACCCAGAUUCCUGGAGGAUUUAUCUGCCAAAAAUUCGCAGCCAACAGGGUUUUCGGCUUUGCUAUUGUGGCUACCUCCACUCUAAACAUGCUGAUCCCCUCGGCUGCCCGUGUCCACUAUGGCUGUGUCAUCUUCGUGAGGAUCCUGCAGGGGUUGGUAGAGGGGGUCACGUAUCCCGCCUGCCAUGGGAUCUGGAGCAAAUGGGCCCCGCCCUUAGAGCGGAGUCGCCUGGCGACGACAGCCUUUUGCGGGUCCUAUGCUGGGGCGGUGGUCGCGAUGCCUCUCGCCGGAGUCCUGGUGCAGUACUCGGGAUGGAGCUCUGUAUUCUACGUCUACGGCAGCUUCGGGAUCUUCUGGUACCUGUUCUGGCUGCUCGUCUCCUAUGAGUCCCCGGCGCUGCACCCUAGCAUUUCGGAGGAGGAGCGCAAGUACAUCGAGGACGCCAUCGGCGAGAGCGCCAAGCUCAUGAACCCCGUCACGAAGUUUAACACACCCUGGAGGCGCUUCUUCACGUCCAUGCCAGUCUACGCCAUUAUCGUAGCCAACUUCUGUCGUAGUUGGACUUUCUACCUGCUUCUUAUCUCCCAGCCUGCCUACUUUGAAGAAGUGUUCGGCUUCGAGAUCAGCAAGGUGGGCCUGGUGUCAGCGUUGCCUCACCUGGUGAUGACCAUCAUCGUGCCCAUUGGAGGCCAGAUCGCCGACUUCCUGAGGAGCCGCCGCAUCAUGUCCACCACCAACGUGCGCAAGUUGAUGAACUGCGGAGGCUUUGGCAUGGAAGCCACGCUGCUGUUGGUGGUCGGCUACUCGCACUCCAAGGGCGUGGCCAUCUCCUUCCUAGUCCUCGCCGUGGGCUUCAGCGGCUUCGCCAUCUCCGGGUUCAACGUGAACCACCUGGACAUCGCCCCGCGCUAUGCCAGCAUCCUCAUGGGCAUCUCCAACGGCGUGGGCACGUUGUCCGGCAUGGUGUGCCCCAUCAUCGUGGGUGCCAUGACUAAGCACAAGACUCGAGAGGAGUGGCAGUAUGUGUUCCUCAUUGCCUCCCUGGUGCACUAUGGGGGCGUCAUCUUCUACGGGGUCUUCGCUUCGGGAGAGAAGCAGCCGUGGGCGGAGCCUGAGGAGAUGAGCGAAGAGAAAUGUGGCUUCGUUGGCCACGACCAGCUGGCUGGCAGCGACGAAAGUGAAAUCGAGGAUGAGGCUGAGCCCCCCGGGGCACCCCCUGCUCCCCCUCCAUCCUAUGGGGCUACACACAGCACAGUUCAACCCCCAAGACCCCCACCCCCUGUCCGGGACUACUGA